AACCGAUAUUUUUUGAACGAUUUUGCUGAAGACGAUUCUGACGACGGUUUCUUCGAGACCCUAUUUUGAUACAGUCGACUUUUCAAUAUUCAUUGUGGACAUUUCUUCAACUCUCUUCCAAUAAAUCUCUCCGUCGGUCUGUCUCUCCCUCUCUCUGCCUUCUCCUGACUCCUGAUUCUCAGUGCCGCUUCUCACCAUCUUGGUCCUCCUCCAUCGUGUCCCUUCUUUCUCAGCAAGAGGUAAGGCCUCAUCUGUGACUUCCCUUAUUUUCCUUUUGCUGCUGCCUUUUCGUGCCUUUACACAAGUCCAGAUCUGUAGAUCCCAAUAUAGCCAAGAUCUGAGAGAAGUCAUCUGUAGCCGUGCCCUUCCAUUGGGCAUCUUCUAGAUCUAAGGUAAAGAAGGUAGAAACUUCUUGGUGAUCCAGAAAGUUGGGUGUUCAUCAAUGGAUCCGUUUCCAAGAUUCAGAUUUUUGGUGCUGGUUCUAUGUUUGAUCUUGAACUCUGGAGAUGGGUUCUACCUCCCAGGUAGUUACCCACACAAAUAUUUGGAAGGGGACAAGCUAUCCGUGAAGGUGAAUUCCAUAACAUCGGUUGAUACAGAGAUGCCCUUUAGCUAUUAUAGCUUGCCCUUCUGCCAGCCUCAGGAAGGGAUCAAGGAUAGCGCGGAGAAUCUCGGCGAGAUCUUGAUGGGUGAUAGGAUCGAGAACUCCCCUUAUCAGUUCAAGAUGAAGGGUAAUGAAACUGAGAUCUUUCUCUGCAUGACCGCCCCCCUUACAGCAGACCAAGUUAAGUUGCUCCAGCGUAGGAUAGAUGAGAUGUAUCAGGUGAAUCCGAUGCUCGAUAAUCUUCCGGCGAUUCGAUACGCGAAGAAGGACACUUAUUACCUCAGAUUUACGGGGUACCCAGUUGGGUAUCAUGCCUCUAAUGGGUAUUACUUGUUCAAUCACUUGAAAUUCACUGUAUUGAUUCAUAAGUACGAAGAGAACAAUGUGGCCAGGGUGAUGGGAACAGGGGAUGCGGCGGAAAUGAUCCCACCAGUGGAGAAGACUGGCAGCAGCGCGCCUGGUUAUAUGGUUGUGGGUUUUGAGGUUGUCCCUUGUAGCCAACAGCAUGACGCCAAUCUGGUUAAGAACUUGAAAAUGUAUGGCAAGUACCCUUCUGCCAUAACAUGCGACCCAUCUACACUAUCAAUGGUAAUGAAGGAAGGGCAGCCUGUAGUGUUUUCUUAUGAGGUUUCUUUCGUGGAGAGUGACAUAAAGUGGCCGUCGAGAUGGGAUGCUUACUUGAAAAUGGAAGGAUCAAAGGUGCAUUGGUUUUCAAUUCUCAAUUCUCUCAUGGUCAUUGCCUUUCUUGCGGGUAUCGUGUUUGUGAUCUUCCUCAGAACCGUUCGGCGAGAUCUCACGCGUUAUGAAGAGCUUGACAAGGAAGCACAAGCUCAGAUGAAUGAGGAGCUCUCCGGAUGGAAACUUGUUGUUGGUGAUGUGUUCAGAGCUCCCGAUAGUCCUCUUUUACUUUGUGUCAUGGUGGGAGAUGGAGUUCAGAUUCUUGGCAUGGCAGUAGUAACCAUUCUUUUUGCCGCUCUUGGUUUCAUGUCUCCAGCUUCACGGGGUACACUCAUUACCGGCAUGUUGUUCUUCUUCCUUGUUCUUGGGAUAUUGGCUGGUUAUGUGGCCGUUAGACUUUGGAAGACAAUAAAAUGUGGUGAUAUCUCUGGGUGGAUGUCGGUUUCUUGGCGUGUUGCUUGUUUCUUCCCCGGCAUUGCAUUCUUGAUUCUCACUGUCCUAAACUUCCUGUUAUGGGGUAGUCACAGCACCGGAGCUAUUCCCUUCGCCUUGUUCAUUAUUUUGCUUUUGCUUUGGUUUUGUAUCUCUGUGCCUCUCACACUUGUUGGAGGAUAUCUUGGAGCAAAGGCUCCACAUAUUGAGUACCCAGUCAGAACCAAUCAAAUUCCUCGGGAAAUACCUUCCCAGAAGUACCCAUCAUGGUUGCUUGUUCUUGGAGCGGGUACACUUCCUUUUGGGACACUCUUUAUCGAGCUUUUCUUUAUAAUGUCGAGCUUAUGGAUGGGCCGUGUUUACUAUGUCUUCGGCUUCCUGUUUGUCGUGAUGGUUCUGCUGGUUGUCGUCUGCGCUGAAGUUUCACUUGUUCUCACUUACAUGCAUCUGUGUGUGGAGGACUGGAGAUGGUGGUGGAAGUCCUUCUUUGCUUCUGGUUCUGUUGCCAUAUACAUUUUCCUCUACUCCAUCAACUAUCUUGUUUUCGAUCUUCAGAGUCUCAGUGGUCCAGUUUCUGCCACUUUAUACCUUGGGUACUCGCUUCUCAUGGUGUUAGCGAUAAUGCUUGCGACGGGAACUACAGGCUUCCUUUCUUCUUUCUGGUUUGUGCAUUUCCUGUUCUCGUCCGUUAAACUAGAUUAAGGUCACCAGCACACGAAAAUUCAGAGGCGAAGAGGCGGACCACAGCUUAAGUUCAUUUAAUCGAGCAGUUUGAUGUAGUUUUGUGGAUGUUCAUUCCAUUUUGUUUUUGUUCCAAGAUUAUGUAAUUGAUAAGACAAGACGUGAAUGAUGUUGUGUUAGUUCAA